AUGAGUGACGAAAUUGGCGUUAAUCGAUUAAGCAUUUUGCUUAAUUCUACCGCUGAUAAGUCAGAUGGCGAUGCACACGGCACUGAAGAAGCUAAUAAAGAUGAAAACCAAACCGAAUCUACAAUAAAUAAAGCUAAACUCUCUGAACUUCUUGGAGGAAAUCUUGCUGAUAACAAACCAGAGCAAGAAAACAAACCAGCUGAAGAAAAUAAAGAUUCUACUCCAAAUCAAGAUAAUGCUGACACAAAACUUUCAGAAUCUAUUGGAGAGAAGCUUGUAAUCCAAUUUCCAAAAGAAGAUCAAAAUGCACAGCAAAAUAAUCAAUCUUCGGAAUCUGGAGAGCAAAAACAGCAAAAUAAAAAUCCUGAAGAAAAUAAAGCAGAAAAUACCGAUAAAAAAGACUCCGAAACUACUGAUGCAGAAACAAAGCUUUCUCCAGUCAUUAAAGAAAAAUUAAACAUGAAUGGAGAAAAGGAACAAACUCUUACAGAGGAAAGUAACCAAUCAGCAGAAAAAUCAGCUAAUGAGAAUGAAGAUCAAAAGCCAGAAGAAGAUUUUGCUCAAGAACCAAAUAAUAACACUGAAUCUGCUGGUGCUCAAACUGAUGAUUAUACAACAGGUAGAUCAAAUGCAACACAGGCAUCUCACAAAAAGUCAUCACGACCACUUGAAAUACCUCCAAAUCUUAAGCCGUACGUUACAGAUCCACCGGACAGUCUUGUUUACAAGACAUUGACAGGAAUCAUCCCACUUAACCUUGAACAAGAAGAAUAUACUAAUUUACUUACCAAUUUAUCAAGAUAUGUUGAUGUUUGCAUAGAUAACGAUUUAAUAGGAGAAGCCGUUUAUGUUCAAGGUCUUGCCAAUGAACUUAGAGCUGACAAAGCAAGUAGGAAUCCAAAGACUAAGGCUACAUACGACGAAAUAGAUCAAAAGAUCAAAGAAACUAAAUCUGCUUUAGAUCAAGUCAAUGAACAUUGGGAUAAGCAAAUUGAAGCAGUUAAAGAAGACACAAAUACAAGACUCCAAUUACUCAAUGAAAAAUAUCUACAAGCUUUAGAUCAAUUGGAUCAACAAUGGUCAGCACCUGAUAAAUCACAGCAAUACCAGAAACCAUCAGCAGAACUGUUGAAUAUGAGGAAUAUGCUUGCAAAGAUGGUUAAAUCAAGAAAAUUAGAUCAUGUUGAUGCAAUUUCCGCACAAAUUGAAGCAAGAGAGAAAGAGGAAACAGAAGCAAUGCAGAAGAGAAUGCAAGACGAUUAUGAUGUCGCAGAUAAGAAACUUACAAAGACUUAUCAAGUCGAACAAGCGAUGAUUAUCAACUACAGCGAAAAAACAAUCAGUGAUAUUGAACAUACAAAGCAGAGACAACUUAACCAAUAUAUAAAGAGAUUAGAAAUCCUUGAGAGAGAAAAAUCGGAAUUAUUAAGUAAGAACAAGGAUUUGGAUAUCAAAGAAGAUGAGAAUAAAACACAUACAGCUCAGCCUUCCGCAAGAGAAAAAUCAUCUCGAAGAACAACAAAGAUGUUUUCAGAACAAAAAUUACCUGAUUUCGUAGCAACUGCUAAAUUGAAAGCUCCAACAUUUGUUCCAAAGAAGAGAGAUAGAUCAAAGAGCUUAUCCAAUGUACCAAUGAUCACUAAACCAAAGACCCACAAAUCAAAUCCUAUGUCAAGACUUUAUGAUGGUGUAUAA